CUCCCCACGGCUCCCGCAGGACGCUCCGGCACUGAAGCUCUCGCCCAUCCUGCCCAUGGCACGGUCCCGGAUCCGAGGCCAUGCCUGAGUGCCGUGAGGAGUUCUGUGCAGUGCCCCACGAGCUGCAGCCUCAGCCCAGCCAUGGACAGCUCAGAGGUGGAGUCGGACAUUCUGCGGCGGGUACGGGCAUUGCUGCGGGAGCUGGACGGGCACCACCCCUCCUGCCAGAGCGACCGAGGAAUGCUGCGCUGGACCCUGCAUAAGAAAAUCGACCAGAAUCCCAGUACCAGCUGUGUGCUGGUCAGGAUCCUGGUGAAGGAGCUGGAAAGGGCAGAGCGAGGGGACCUGCGGCACUACAUCAUCCCCCUGCUGCACACGCUGAUGUACACCCUUAUACAGGCUCCCUGCAUCCCUGAUGAGCUCUGUGCCAGGGUUUAUGACUUCUGCAAGAGGCUGCUGACCCUGCCCAAGCCCUUCUGCACCAUUGGGCUGGACUAUGCCAGCAGGCUGCAGGUGGAGAGGACAGCACCAGGAACCUUGUACCAAAGAAUGGUCAUCUCUGAGCAGAGCCUGCCGAGCGCCCCGUUCCCUUACCAGGAGAAGAUUUUCAUCUUUGCUGACCCAGAGCUGCUGCCCGAAGCCAUCUGCAAUGCACUGGUCACCGACACCGAGGCAGCCCAGGUGUCCCAAAGCCCCCAGGGCUGCAUGAGCUGUGUGGUCACCCACGCCCUGCAGGCAGCUCUGGGUGACACCUGUGACAUCCACGGCCUCAGGGCCCGACUCCAGGCCUUGCCCCCAGGGGACGUGGAGCACUGGUUCCAGCAGGUGGUGGCAGCCAUGGAGGGCACGGGCAGCGAGGGGAACUCAGACCGGGGCCAGCACACGGCACGGCUGGAGAGGAUCUACCACGACCUCCUGGGCUCCUCACCCGCAGGGAAUGCUCCCCAGGAAGGGCUGCAGGGGACCCCUCUGCCCAACCCCAGCAUCAGCUUCCACCUGUGGACAGAAGAUGAGCAGCUCUGGAAGGAGCUGGUGCUGUUCCUCCGCCCACUGUCGCAGAGCUGCGAGCCCGACUGCCUCGGGCAGGAGCUGGACCCCCUCGAGAUGCAGGACAUGCUCACGGACUGCGGCUGCUGCGAGCAGAGUCGCUUCUCCGUGCUGUCCACGGACAGUGGCAUCGAGCGGGACCUGCCCGCGCAGGAGGAGCCCUGCGGCCCCUGUGCCCCCUGUGUCCCUUGCGCUGCGGACUCCGAGCGCUCCCGGCUCCACAGGAAGGGUGGCAUCAAGAAGAAGCUGUCCCCGCUGGAGAGCGUGGCCUUGCUGCAGGCUGGCAGCGCUGUGCCCGGGGGGAAGCCCCCCGGGAAGCUGCCCAGGAGGGCAGGAAUGUCGCCGGAGCCCGCGGCCCCGUUCCAGAGGCUGCACACCGCCCGCGUGGUGCUGCUGGGGGACGAUCGCAUCCUGGGCCGCCUGGCACAAGCCUUCCACUCCCUCAGGAAACGGGAAGCCCGGCGAGUGUUCCUGACGCCCAGGCUGAACCUGCAGCUCUACCACAUCCCCGUGCUGGGGGAUCCAGGAACUCCAGCCCCUGUGUUUCCCCUGCAGGACCACACUGGCCCCGAGGAGCUGUGUGAGGUGGCCGGGUACCUGAGCAGGGCUGACCCCUGGUACGAGAGCAACAUCAACACCCUGUGUCACAUGAUCCCCAAGCUGGCCACCAUGCCGUCGUCGCCGAGCAGGGCCCUGGUGACCGACCUGUUCCUCACCGAUGUCAUCGCCUACUACACCCGCAUGGGCACCCAGCCCGUCUGCUUCCAGGUGCACUCUGUCAAGGUCCUGUUCCGGGACCCAGCGCAGGACCCAGCUGAGGAUGUGUUCCUGACGGAGCUGCUGACCCAGGUGCAGGACAGUCCCUCCCACAGAGAGCUGAACACGACCAAGAAGAAAAGCAGCCUGGAUGGCCCUGGCAUCGAUAUCACAGUGACCUACAGGAAGGUUGUGCUGAGUGACCGUCAGAAGGAGCUGGCCCUGUCCCUGCGCUCCACGGGCCUGCUGAUGAAAGCCAUCCCUGCUGAGGAGGCUGAAGACCUGGGCUGUCUGAGUGUGACCAUCACCGAAAUCAUCAGGAUCAACAACUUGGCAGGACGGUCAUUCUCUGCUGUGACAAACAGAUUCAAAACACGGAAUAUCAAGAUCAGGAGCCCAGAUCAGAGACCCUUCACAGUGCGACUGGACAAGGACAGCAGGAGAACCUACAGGGACGUGAUCAGCCUGGAGGUGUCUCCCUGCCUCGAGCCCAGCUACUGCCUGCAGAAGACCAGGACCAUGAAAUUCAGUCCUCACGAAACAGAAGACGUGGGGCUUGUCAAGUACCUGCCCAAAUCUCUGCUACUGCCCAUCAACACUUUUGCUGGAGUCAUGCAGUGAAGGAAACGGGAAAAGGCAGUGUGAGUUAUGACGUGGGGUCAGCACAGAGGACAUGGGAAAAGAAAACAUACUAAAAGCGACCCGCGGUGACUUUAAAUGGCAAUGGUGUGGAAGAGCUGCCCCAGCAGAGGUGGAUAGGCUCGGAGGGCACAGCCAUGCCCUGCCAGUGACAGUGUGACCAUGGCUGACAGCCCUGCCAAGGGCACAGCCAUGCUGCAGGACUCAGCUUUCACCUCUAGCACAAGUCAGGGAAAGGCUUUGAGCUCCUCCAUUCAGGAAGAGUGAGGAAGAUCCGUGGCAGGUGGUGCUGGCUGUCCUGUGGAGCCCGGGGAGCUGGCAGCAGCAAUAUUUAUUUUGGAGAUGUCUCACAGCCCAGCAAGGAUCAGGUUUUCACCUCACUACCCAAAUAUUUUAGGUGCUCACCUGUGCCAGACUUGGGCAGCAAACAUUCUGUCCCUGAAGGGAGGCAGGAGGGUCACAGGCACAUCAGGAAACUCCUGCACAAGCAGCUGUUGUUGGGAUAAUGGGGGGUUUAAGGGGUGAACAGUGGCUCUGCACCCCUUUGCCUCUUCAGGGCUUCUCUGUGAGGUUUGUGCACACCAAGAAAAUGCUCAAAAAGCUAAAAGGCUUUGAGGUGGGCUGGAGUGUGGGCUGUGUGUCUGAGUUUGUUCUGUACAGCUGUAAAUGAUGUAGAUGGAUGAUAAAUUA